AUGUAUGCGGUCGUCACAUCUAGAAGCAGCAGCUACUUUUUCAAGAACAUCUGGUGGAUAUUGUUUUCAUCGUCAGCAGCUAUCCAACAAUAUUUAAAAGUAUUCGUUGCUAUUAAGCGAUAUCAUUGUUUAAAUUAUUUUGACAAUAGUUUUGUGAAAAUUUAUCCAAGUAGAAAGUUUACGAAAAGACAUUCUUCGACAACAUUACCUUCAUCUUCUUCGUCAACAUAUCAGUGUCAUUCAGUUCUUGUAGCUGUUUUAUGUUUAUUGCUCAUUUUGAUAACACCUGUAAGUGGAGGCAGUUGUUGGUCUUCAAUGAUGCGGAACGGCCGUUGUACGGAACUGUUAAGUGAACGUGUUUCCAAAGAAGAAUGUUGUGCAUCAGAUAGUGUCACAACAGCAUACAGCAAAGAAGAUCUUGAUCCUGGUACAUUAUUUUUUUGGCGUGUACUUGGUGGAGGUGUUCCUUGCAGCACAUGUAAACAGACUUGUGCUGGUGUGCAAUGUGGAGAGGGAAAAAAAUGUGUUCAAAGAAAAAGUGGUCCCAAAUGUGUAUGUUCACCAGAAUGUAAAGCCAACAAUGGCGGAUCAAGAGGACCUGUAUGUGGUACCGAUGGUCGAUCAUAUCGUACCUUAUGUCGACUUCGAAAACGAGCAUGUCGAAGAAAAAGUCAUACAUUAUCCGUAGCUUAUUACGGACAUUGCCAAAGUUCCUGUGACAAGAUUGAAUGUCCGCCAGGGAAACAUUGUCUGGUUGAUCAAAAUCUUAGUCCACACUGUGUAAAAUGUGCAAGAAAUUGUACGAGUCCUUUGGGUGGAAAUCCACGUGGUCGGCAAGUAUGUGGAGCAGAUGGAAUUACAUAUCAAUCAGCAUGCCAUUUACGUGAGGCUGCCUGCCAAAAAGGGAAAGCAAUUCCUGUAGCCUACAAGGGACGCUGCAAACAAGCAGCAACAUGUGGUAAUGUUAGAUGCAAAGAACGUCAAUCAUGCUUAAGCGAUAUUACAACGGGUUCACCCAGAUGUGUAACAUGCAGUGCUCGCUGUCCACGAAUACGAUCUCACAUGUCACCAAAUGGAGGACUUGGUGGUGAUUCGUCACGUCGAAAAGGUGCUAAUAAUAGUUCGAAUGAUAUGGGUGGUCCAAUAUGUGGUACAAAUAAUCGCACAUAUCAUUCCUGGUGCCAUAUGUUAAAAGAUGCGUGCGCAACUGGGUAUAUAAUUGAAACAAAACAUUCAGGAAGCUGUCAUCAGCGAUCAUCAAGUGCAACAACCCUCCAACAUCACAUAACAACUGUUGCCAAUGUAAUUUUAGAAAAGGAUCCAAUAUCAUAG